UCUUCCUCGCACAGUGAUGCAACGUGAGCAGAUGCUGGAUGAAUUGGAAAAGUAAACAAGCUCUUUUCUCUUUCUUGCUUGUUUGCCGGCGGGACCGAGAAGGCGCCACCGGUGACAUAUUAUGAAUGCCAAUGGAUGUACACAAAGUGCAAUUAUGGGACUGACAAGACAUAAUGGCAAGUGGGAUUGGAUGAAAGAGGCGUGUUUGACAACAUGUGAGGACUGAGGAAAUCCGGGAGAGGACAAAUUUUAAGAUUAGUGGACAACCAAGGUAUACAUUAGCGUCCGACAUGGACUGGGUCAGCGUCGAGCAGGACCCGCUUACGAACAUCACUUCCAGCGACGAGUCUGCCACCGACGCAACGCCUCCGACCUUCCCCGAAGACCCCAUCCGAUUACCAGGCGUGCAGGCGGUGUUGAUCAUGGCCUACUGCGCCAUCAUCCUCCUGGGGCUUUUGGGUAAUUCUCUUGUCAUCUACGUCAUCUACCGCUUCAAGACGCUACGCACCGUCACUAACUUCUUCAUUGCCAACUUGGCUGUCGCUGACCUACUGGUGAAUGCGCUUUGUCUCCCGUUCACGCUGGCCUACACGCUUCAAGGCGAGUGGCAGUUCGGUAGCGCCCUCUGCUUCCUGGUGCCCUUCGCCCAGGGUCUGGCAGUCCACGUAUCCAUUCUGACCCUCAACGUCAUCGCCCUGGAUCGCCACAGGUGCAUCAUUCACCAUCUGGAAACCCGGAUGCGGAAAGACACAUGCUUCUGGGUGAUCGCGCUGACCUGGUUGCUGAGCGCCGCGCUGGCCAGCCCGCUUGCCAUUUUUCGAGAGUAUGGCUCCUUCACGCUGACGCCGGGGCACAGCAUCCGGGCGUGCACAGAAAAGUGGCCCGGAUCCAGCACGGACGGGACGGUGUACAGCGUCUCCAUGCUGGUGCUGCAGUACUUCCUCCCGCUCGCUGUCAUUUCCUUCGCGUACACUCGCAUCUGGUCCAAGCUGCGAGCUCACGUCAACCCGGCGGAGGCCGGUGGCGAGGGAGCAUCAGUGGGCUCCGAACGCCAGCGCCGCCGCCGCAAGACCACCAAAAUGCUGGUGACCAUGGUUGUGGUAUUCGCCGUCAGUUGGCUGCCCUACCACGCCUUUCAGCUAGCCACUGACAUCGACAGCAGCGUGCCGGACAUGCCGCACUUCCGCCUGCUAUACACCCUCUUUCACGUGGUAGCCAUGUGCUCCACCUUCGCCAACCCGCUGCUCUACGGAUGGAUGAACCGCAACUUUCGCGCCGCCUUCCUAGCCGCCUUCAAGCUCAGGGACAGACUGGGGCCGCGCGGACACAGAGACUCCGUGCAUCCGCUGGAUGGAGAAGGCGAGGGCGGAAGGUUGAAGUUGGCGCAGGGGAGGCAGGAAGUCGCUUCAGCCUGCCUCAACGCCACUGACGUGUGACGUGAGCGUCCAAAUUUCUUGGAGACUCAUUUUGAACGGACAAACUGCAUUCAUAAGCUCUUACACGCCUUAUCAAUGAGACAUUUGAAAGCUCAAAGUCACUUCCUCUAUCCUCCUUGCCAAAUAGGAAGUGCUUCAUGAAU